UGCAGCUGCAGGGCGAGGAGCUGAGGCUGCAGGAAGAGAGCGUGCGGCUGCACCAGAUCAACAUCUACCUCAGCGACCGCAUCUCGCUGCACCGCCGCCUGCCCGAGCGCUGGAACCCGCUGUGCAAAGAGAAGAAAUAUGACUAUUAUAAUUUGCCCAAGACAUCUGUUGUCAUAGCAUUUUAUAAUGAAGCCUGGUCCACUCUCCUCCGGACGGUUUACAGUGUCCUAGAGACAUCCCCGGACAUCCUGUUAGAGGAAGUUAUCCUCGUAGAUGACUACAGCGACAGAGAGCACUUGAAGGAGCGCCUGGCCAAUGAGCUGUCAGUCCUGCCCAAGGUGCGCCUGAUCCGUGCCAACAAGAGGGAAGGCCUGGUGCGUGCCCGACUGCUUGGGGCUUCGGUGGCAAAAGGCAACGUGCUGACCUUCCUGGACUGUCACUGUGAGUGCCACGAGGGCUGGCUGGAGCCGCUGCUGCAGAGGAUACACGAAAAGGAGUCGGCAGUGGUGUGCCCUGUGAUUGAUGUGAUAGACUGGAACACCUUCGAGUACCUGGGGAACCCCGGGGAGCCCCAGAUCGGCGGUUUUGACUGGAGGCUGGUGUUCACGUGGCACGCUGUCCCUGAGAGGGAGAGGAGGCAGAUGCGAUCCCCCGUCGAUGUCAUCAGGUCUCCAACGAUGGCUGGUGGACUGUUUGCUGUGAGUAAGAAAUAUUUUGAAUAUCUGGGGGCCUAUGACACAGGAAUGGAAGUUUGGGGAGGAGAAAACCUCGAAUUCUCCUUUAGGAUCUGGCAAUGUGGAGGGACUCUGGAAAUCCACCCGUGUUCCCAUGUUGGCCACGUCUUCCCUAAGCAAGCUCCCUACUCCCGCAACAAGGCUCUAGCCAACAGCGUCCGAGCAGCUGAGGUGUGGAUGGAUGAAUUUAAAGAGCUCUACUACCACCGCAACCCCCGCGCCCGCUUGGAACCCUUUGGAGAUGUGACGGAGAGGAAGCAGCUGCGGGCCAAGCUCCAAUGCAAGGACUUCAAGUGGUUCUUGGAGACUGUGUACCCAGAACUGCAUGUGCCUGAGGACAGGCCUGGCUUCUUUGGGAUGCUCCGAAACAAAGGACUGAAAGACUACUGCUUUGACUAUAAUCCUCCCGACGAAAACGACAUUACGGGACACCAGGUCCUUCUGUACGUCUGUCACGGGAUGGGCCAGAACCAGUUUUUUGAGUACACGUCCCAACAUGAGAUACGCUACAACACCCACCACCCAGAGGUCUGCGUGGCCGUGGAAGCAGGAGCUGAUAUUCUCAUCAUGCAUCUCUGCCAGGAAACGGCCCCGGAGAAUCAGAAGUUCAUCCUGCAGGAGGAUGGUUCUUUAAUUCACCAACAGUCCAGGAAAUGUGUCCAGGCUGCCAGGAAGGAAUCGAGUGAUAGUUUUGUACCCCUCUUACGAGACUGCACCAGCUCGGAUCAUCAGAAAUGGUUCUUCAAGGAGCGCAUGUUGUAAAGCGGAACUGUACCCAGGAGCCCAUUGAAGGAGGUUGUGGGCCGUGGACUCUGUGCCCGUCAGAAACUUAGCUAAGGACAGCGACCACAGCCCACCAAAACCUGGAGUGCUCUAUUUUUAGAAGGAAACCAUAUUGCCUUUUGUGAAAGUGUUGAAUUUAGCAAAAAUGUGAAAAGUUUUGUACUAAUUUUGGAAACUUUCAUAAUGUCCCUAAAUACCAUAUUUUCCAUGGAUGAUCCUAAAAAGUUAACUCUUAGAACUCAGAGAAUUAAAACCUUGUCAUAUUUUUCUAUCAAGAUGUGUAUUCUCCAGUUGUGCCUUCUAGCCCCAGUGCAAACAAAGGUAAAUGUUUUAUUUUGGUAUUUAUAAGGAUUCCCAGGUGUAAAGAGAUUUGCACAAGUGGAAACCAGACGCAGGUGACGCGCUUUGCAUAAACGGAUAAUACCUCACAUGCUGGGUUCGAGUUUUCUCAGUAGGCAGAGACAGACACGAGAAACAUUGUAUUGGUUCCUACAGGAUAUUGACAUAUUUUAGAUUUAUUUAAUAAAGAGUGCUUUUUGGUUA